AAAAGUCAUAUACAAAUAUACAUCCCGUUAAUAUUUAUGAUACAAAUUCAAUUACUCUUAGUAUGAUAUCCAAAGAGAAAUCUAAAUAGGAUUUUAUCUCAUAGUCCAACUUUAAGCGAUGAUGACAUCGUAAAAUAUGAUAAAUGAUGAGAAUAAAAAAAAAUAUGAUACUAAUAUUUAGAACUUUUAAAACAUUUACAAUUAAUACAACUUCGAGGAAUAACACCUAUUAGGAUUUACAAUGGUAAGUCAAUUUUAAAUUGCAAAAAUUAUCAAUCAAUCGAUUUACUUAAACACAUAAAAAAUAACAAAUUCAUACAUCAAUCCAACAAAACCCAAAUUCAUUGCAAUUCAAAAAUACAAUAUCCAAAAAUCAAUCAAUAUAAAUAAUUUAAACAUCAAUCCAACCAAUCCAAAAUUCAAACCAGCCAAAUCAAAAUUCAACCCAAUUCAAAAGGACAAUAUAAAAAAAAAUUCAAGCCAAAUAAAUAAUUCUCGCAUCUACCCAACAUAACUAAAAACCAGUGAAAAUAAAUAAUUCAAUGCAUUAAAGGUUAGAAAGGACCUUUGGGAGUUGUUGGAAGUCGACUGGACGCUGCUAGAAUUUGGGUUGGUAGGGGUUACGGGUAUAUGUCACGUGGUUUCACACACCGGUGAAGGGAGGAGGCGCGUGAAUCGAUGGGAUAGCUCCUCCUCCUCCUCUUCUUUCUUACCUGGGCAGUGUCAUCCGCCAUUGACAAAGAUUUUAGGGAAGAUUUUAUUUUGUUCCAUAUUUAAUUAGCGAUUUUUAUUUUUCUUUAUGGAAUUAAGAUCCUUCUGAAUUUUCCAAUCCCAACUUGGUUUUCCAUUUAUUUAUUUUUUCCUCAUAUGGUCCUCCAUAUUUUUUGGUCCUCUGUCAUCUCUGUUUUGGUCCUCUGUCAUCUCUGUUCUCCAUUUUCACUCCCUAGAUUUCUUUUUUUUAUUAUUUUUCCCGUUGAUAAGCUUAUUGAAAAGGCUGAUGGCUUUGCUGGUGUCUUCCCUGAGCAUAAGUAUGAGAUUGUGAAGAGGCUGGAAGCUAGGAAGCAUGUUUGCGGGAUGACUGGAGAAGGAGUAAAGGACGCGCCUGCUCUGAAGAAGGCAGACAUCGGAAUUGCAGCGGCCAAGGGUACUGAUGUAGCCCGUGGUGCAUCUGACAUUGUCCUGGCAGAGCCAGGAUUGAGCGUGAUAGUGAGUUCUGUGUUAACAAGCAGAGCCAUUUUCCAGAGAAUGAAGAAUUACACCAUCUAUGCAGUGUCUAUAACCAUCCGUAUUGUGCUGGGUUUUCUGAUCCUUGCUCUAAUUUGGAAAUUUGACUUUUCUCCUUUCAUGGUUUUGAUCAUUGCCAUACUUAAUGAUGGGACAAUCAUGACUAUUUCCAAAGACAGAGUGAAACCAUCUCCACUUCCUGAUUCCUGGAAGCAUAAGGAGAUCUUUGCUACUGGUGUCAAUCUAGGCACCUACUUAGCUUUAAUGACUGUUGUAUUCUUCUGGAAUGUUCACAGUUCUGACUUCUUCUCUGUAAGAAUUACAAUAAACCUUACAACUAGCACAUUUAUAUUUUUACAAAUAUUGAUAGCACACUGUCAAUAUUUGCAGGGUAAAUUUGGUGUUAGGUCAAUCAGGAACAACCAUUACCAGCAUGCAUCAGCUGUAUACCUACAGCUACAAGUGAGUAUUGUUAGUCAGGCACCAUUCAUGGAAUGCAUCCUCCUGAAGGCUCGGAACUCUUCCAUGAUAAGAGCAACUACAGAGAGUAAUCUGAUAUUGCUGAAUAGGCGAAGAUGCGCGCUGAGGCUGAGGGAGCUUCACACACUCAAGGGUCAUGUGGAAUCAUUGGUGAAACUCAAGGGACUUGACAUUGAGACAGUUCAACAACACUACACUGUUUGA